AUGGCUCCCAACGCCCACUCCAGACUCACCGAUGUUCUCGGUCACCUUUCUUCCUCUGCCUCUGAGCUGCCUACGUACGACGAGCUCCCCGAGUUCAAGAACUUCAAGGGGUGUGCCUGGGAAGUGUGGGGAAAGGAUGAUCAGCUCGGGACCGUGAACCUGCUCACGCCCGAAGUCAUCAAGGAGGCGGCCAAAGAGAUCCGGUCCGGCCAGUCGAUCUGCUUGAACUGGCCGAUACAGUUCCCGAGCAAGCCGGUCUUUGGCCGCAAGACUCCAGAGCACACCAUCCUCAGCGCCGCGCCCAUCGCAAUCAACGACGAUGUGCUCCACAUCAACACCCAAUCCGGGACGCAGUGGGACGGGAUGAAGCAUUUCGGCAUCAUCGAGCACAACUGCUUCUACCAGGGCGUCGACCACUCCUUCUUCAAGGACGGCUCCCUCGACAUCAGGGGCCCCGACGACGUCAACCCGGAGCUGAUCAAGUACGGGAUCCACAACUGGGCGCAACACGGAAUAUGCGGCCGCGGCGUGCUGCUCGACAUGGUCAAGUUCUACACCGACAAGCUCGGCAAGCUCCCGUACGACCCGUUCACGACGCAUCCGAUCCCGCUCGCGGACCUCCUCGCGUGCGCGCAGGCGCAGGGCACGUCCUUCCGCCGUGGAGACGUCCUCCUCAUCCGCGCGGGCUUCAUGCUGCGCUUCAACGGCGCGUCGCAGGAUGAGCGCGACUCGAUGCAGGGCCGGCCUGAGACCUUCGCGGGUAUCGAGCAGGGCGAGGAGAUGAAGCGUUUCCUGUGGAACAACCACUUCGCGGCGGUCGCGUCGGACAUGCCGGCACUCGAGCGUUGGCCGACCCCCGAAGGCGUCCCGCACCUGCACCAAACGCUCCUCGGACUGUGGGGAAUGCCCAUCGGGGAGUUCUUCGACCUCGAGGCGCUCUCGAAGCACUGCGCCGAGACCGGCCGCUACUCGUUCUUCUUCUCGUCGUGGCCUCUCAACGUCCUCGGAGGCGUUGGGAGCCCCCCGAACGCGGCUGCGUACUUUUGA